CCCCUGGGCCCUCACUCAUUGCAGCUGGGAAUGCAGCAGUGGUGAAACCCUCUGAGUUGAGUGAGCACUCAGCCAGUCUCCUCAAAGCACUGCUCCCUCAAUAUCUGGACAAGGAGUUAUAUCCUGUGGUGACAGGUGGAGUUCCAGAGACCCAGGAGUUGCUGAGGCAGCGUUUUGACCACAUCUUCUACACUGGGAACAGCACAGUGGGGAAAGUGGUGAUGGAGGCCGCAGCCAAACACCUGACCCCUGUCACCCUGGAGCUGGGGGGCAAGAGCCCCUGUUACAUCGACAAGGACUGUGACCUCAUCGUGGCCUGCCGCCGAAUCACAUGGGGAAAGUUUUUCAACGUUGGGCAGACGUGCAUUGCCCCUGACUACAUCCUGUGUGAGCCCAGCAUUCAGAACAAAGUGGUGGAGGGCAUCCGGAAUACACUACAGGAGUUCUACGGCCCGGACCCCAAAUCUUCCCCAGACUACGGUCGCAUCAUCAACCUGCGCCACUUUAGUCGAGUGAUGGGUCUGCUGGAGGGAUGCAGUGUGACACUAGGGGGAGAGAGUGACCCAUCACAGUGUUAUAUUGCUCCCACCGUGGUAACGGACGUGUCUCCUCACACCAGACUUAUGCAGGAGGAGAUCUUCGGACCUCUGUUGCCCAUAGUGACUGUUGGUGAUGUGGGUGAUGCAAUUCGCUUCAUCAACGGGAAAGAGAAGCCCUUAGCGCUGUAUGUUUUUUCCUCUGACAAGAAGGUGAUAAAGCGAAUGAUUGCUGAGACCAGCAGCGGCGGGGUGGUAGUCAAUGAUGUCAUAAUGCACUACGUGCUCAACUCCCUUCCUUUUGGCGGCGUAGGUCAAAGUGGAAUGGGCAGGUACCACGGGAAACACACCUUCGACCAGCUCAGCCACCACCGGGCGUGCCUGAUCAAGUCCUUGGGCAUGGAAUGCAUUAACAUGGCCAGGUACCCACCCCAGGACCGCUCACGGGCACGCAGGGCCAGACAGGCCAUGAGGAGCUCCCUGUGUGACCAAUCCAAAUCCACCUUCGUGUGGGCAGUUUUGGCCACCAUCUUAGCCUGUGGUCUCCUUGUCGCCCUGAUUGUAAUUGUAGUCAUGGGUGCCAGGUAGCCCAGGUUCUCACUACUGCAACUCAUCAACUGGAAAUUGUUUUUUGCAUCAAAUGCACUUCUUGAAGUUGCUAUAUUGUAAUGUAUCAUCAUCAAUGUAUUAUGUCGAUAAUUCUGUAAUCUUACUAUGAGAGGGUUUACUAUCUAUAGAUCAACCAUGAUCAUCUAUUUUAUGACCUGAUGUUUCCUUUUCUGUGGUUAAAAAGUAAACAAAACAUACCCCUCAGGAGCCAGAGAUGAAAAACAAAUCU